AUGGCUUGCUAUAUGAUGAAGAAGUAUGCAUGGGGCCUCCGGAAGACCAUGGAAUUCUUGAGCUCAAGGCGACCAGAUCUGGAACUGAAGCCUUCCUUUCUUCAGCAGCUCUUGAGCUUCGAGCGGCGAUUGGUCAGCCAAUCCAAACAAUCCUUCAGUUCGGACUGGAGCGAUUGCAAUUUGAGCAGCUGGGAGUGCGAGGAGCUCCUCUUGCGUAACACUUACAUUAACAGCCAAAUGGGGCCGCUGGCAGAGAUCCAGUUGGAGGCUCCAGGUCAAGGCUUGAAGCCGCAGAGGCUUGCUUGGAUGGAUGCUGGCCUCGAUGCUGCGCUUGGAAAAGCCACCCGGUUCGGCACUGACAACGCCAGCGGGGAUUUUGCGCAUGUGAUCCAGGAGGCGGCGCAUGUCGGCAUUGGGCAAGCUAAGCCAGACAUCAUGCACUUGGCCGGGCAGGUUCAGACGAGGCUCUCCUGCCUCUUUGGCAGCGCCCGGACCUGUCGUAUUCUCGCCAGCAGGCCCUCUCACGUGCGAGAGUAUGUGCUGGAUGUACUCAGCGCUGACAGGCGGACCAAGCAGUCAACACUUCCAUGUCUGGAGCGUUUCUACAUUCUACAUCUCGAGGACCUUGCCAGCAUUGCCUGCUACCUACUUGGAGCCAGUCCUUGCAAAGGUGAGGUGCUCAGACCGGUGGAAGAGAGCCCUGAGCAGCCAAGUGACGAGGAUGCCAGGGCUUCGUGCUUGGCUGCCAGACCUGGGCCGAACUAUCCCUUGCUGCUAGACAGCACUGGUACCGUGGGACUGUAUGAUGUUGAUCCCAAUGCCGCCGAGGCCCAUGCUGCGGUCAAACUAUGGUCUCUGUCGAUGCAGCAACCACUGGUAGAGGUUUGCUGGGGACCAGGUGGUGGCUGCUUCGCUGUGGCCUGUGGGGGUGGCAGAGAUAGCCGGGUGCAGGGUCUCCGCGAUCGGCAAAGUCGCUCCAAAGGAGUGGAGAGCUGUUGCAUCACCAUUUGGAGCGUCCACUCUUCUGGCCAUAAAUGCUCUGUAGGCGAAUUGAUCCCAGCCAUUCGUCGUGAAUGGGGCCUCCGAUCUAUGUGUUUCUGCAACAGCGGUUUUCGAAUCGCAAUUGCAGCUUCGGCGGGGCCUCUGUGCACCGUUGUUGUUCUCUUCGAUGCCGACACGCUGCUGGAAGAGUGCCGCCUGGUCCUUCCAAAAAUGGAGAUGCACUGUAUUGGCCACUCCCUCUCUUCCACAGGAGCCGCUUCGGAACAUCUUAUACUUGCGGCAGAUCGACGAGUCCUUCUUUGGGGGCUUGAAGGCCGGUCAACUGCAUCAAAACAUGGGCGAGAUACCGGACCCAGAGAUGUACGUCAGAUUGAUGCUAUCUACUGGGACGAAAUUCCCAGUCAUGACUUAUCAUUCACGGUGGAGAAUGAGAGUUUGCAGGUGCUUGCUGUCCAUGAAGGAGGCUUGGCACACCAACUGGGCGUACGUGGCUCCUCAGGCUGGUUACUUGCUGGUUGGCGAUCACUUGACCCGACGACGAUGGGAAAGUCCCUGCAUCUGCAACUGCCCCGGAGCAAGGACGAGGUGGAAACCAUGCUGCAGAAAAAGCGAGUUCUUCUUCGCUUGCAGCCCCCAGAUUUGAACCUGCAAACAUUGGAUCUUGGCAACAGCCGUGUGUUGUGCGCUGCGGCUUCUCCAGACAACACGCUGCUGGCAGUGGGCUGCGAAAGGGGCGAUGGCACAGGAGGUCAGCUCGCCGGCAACCCAAUGGAAACCGUCGAAGGUGCCAUGGGCUCCAACAAACGACGAUCGCAGCGGUGGUUGGAGCAUUCCAGCACUCUUUCAGUGUGGAGCCUCGAGACGCAAGAGCUAUGGCGCGCAAAGGAGGUGCCACUUAGCUCGAGCAUUCCGGCCCUCUGUUGGCUUGACUCCUCCAUGCUUGUCGUGGCGCUCACUCAGACAAAGUCUGUUGGACUGGUGAAUGCCGAGUCUGGAGCUCUUCUGCGGAGGUGGUUCUUCAACGGUGAGACCCCGCAAUUGCUUGCUGCCGCAGAUGAUUGCCGUUGGGUGGCAGUGGGCUUCCGAUCUCAACGGACCGGCCGUGCACCGGCAAAAUGUGCUGUUUUUGACCGAGAUUCCGGCGGUGGCACAUGGAUCCCCUGCGGGAGCUCCCGUGCCAGACCGGUGGUGGCCUGCUCCGAUACCGGGAACUUCCUCGCAGUGGCAGGGGCAGAUCUGAAGCCAUCGAUGGCACAAUCUCUGGACGCCAGCCCCACCAAAACCCCCACCGUGGACACGACGAUUUCGGCAGCUGGAGCUGCGGAGGGGGCCAGGUCGCGGUCGAGGGGACUCUCCAUCUGGCAAAUCGGUGACAUGACUCGGCAAAAGGUGAGCGGAGUGGCGGGACAAUGGAUCGCAGAGAGCGUGGCCUUGGAUGGUGACCUCCUUGUGGCGUGUUUCCAGGGUGGGGGCAUGAUGAAGGCUUUUCGGCUACCGGACGAGGAGCUGUGCACUGAAGAGCACGCACACACUUUGCAGGCUGUAGCGGCCAAAGGUGACGACCCCACGAGUGGAGUGGUGGCAGCAGCAGGUCCAGGCGUACACUCUCAGAAGACGGUCGUUGGCUUGGCUUGUUGGAUCAGUCGACAAGGCACUACAAAGGCCAAUCUCACUUUCUCGUUGCCUGGGGCUGCCGUCGCGGCACUGGCCUUCCUCCCUGGACAUACAGCACUCCUUGCGGGUGGUGUGAACCUGCGUGCUAUGGCCGUGGCGUGCAUUUGGAACUUAAACGAUGCAGGUGCCGCGCGAGAGAUCUGCGAGGUGAGGUUGGACAUGGGCCCGGGGCUGCGCUGUCUGGCUAUUGGCCACGAUGGGAGCCAGCGGCACCGCGAUGAUGCCAGGCGUUCGGGUUCGCCUCCCGUCAAAGAGCCACGGUCAGGUAGAAGGCCUUCACAGACUGGAGUGAUCCCCCCGCCGACAGCUGAAGCAUUGCCUGCAGCCGUGUUGGCCAGCAGUGGGUCAGAUUCCCGCAUCGUUGUGCAUGAAGUGCGGUGUGGCUUCCGCACUUUUUUUGAUAUCAGCGAGCCCACAGACGCAGACCUCUUGCCAAGAAAGCAGCUCUCGCAAUUGGCACCGUCCGUCCUACGUUUUGCAAACUCCGGUCGCUUGUUGGCUGCUGGCGACAAUGCAGGACGAGUCCACCUCUUCCUGUUGGGGCGGCAUCGUGCCGAAAACGAUAUUGUGCAGACACGCGUGCAAGCCCAUCGAGUGCUCUCCUUGAGCGGACAUGUCUGCGAUGUCAUCUUGAAAGGGGAGCAGCUGUUCAAGGCGGUUUGCCUCCAGAAUCCAGUGGAGUCACCCCAGCAAGAAGCUGCGCGUGGAGAUCGGUCCGUGCUGGUAUAUGACCUCCUCAAUCCGUCGCUCGAGUUUAUGCUGCCUGACCUAAAGAUGAAAGCUGACGAUGCCAGCUCAGCAUUCUGUGCCCAGUUGGAGAUGCUGCCAAGCCUGCUUUACCAGCAGCUUCCGCAAUCAGGCUGGACGCUGCUUCACUGCUGCGCCUGCCGUGGUCAGGCCCAGCACGCUCGUUUGCUUGUCCGGCUGUCGGCAUCACCUUUCCAGCGCGAUGCCGUUGGCCGCAAUGCUUUGGAUGUCGCACUCCAGCAUCACGAGUUUGGAGUCGUAGAGGACUUGAUGAUGGUCCUUAUGGAGCAGAGGCACCAUGUCGAGUACGGCCAUGCCUGGGACCAGUUUGGCGACAAUGCAGAAAUCCUGGGCAGGGCGCUGCUUGCCUGCAGCUUGCCAGCGGAACACCAGGCUUUGACACAAACCGUCGUGCGGCUGUUGCGUCACAGAAUGGCAACUCUUCCAGACUUCCUCGACACGGUCUGCUGUGGAGUGCCGCGGCACUUCGAAGUGACCAGGGCGGGAGAGAAGCUUAAAGUUCUGCCGUCGCGGGCGGCCCUGAAGGAGAACGAGUUCAUGAUCAGAGCCUACAGUGCGCCUGUUUUCCGGCCCGAAGCAUCCGAGUUUCAAGGUCUGGUGCCAACCUCCGAGGAUGUCCACGUGCCCGAGCGGCCGGUGGAAAUCCGAGUAUGGUAUCUUCGCGGUGCCCUAGAUGACGACGUUGGCUUCAUCCCAGCACUGAAGGAGUCGGAGCACGAAGAGAUAAUGCGGACCAAGUUCGUUCACGUCCUGUUGGAAGAGCAGUGGGCAAAAGUGGGACGAAGGCAGUUUCGUCUCGAAUUGGUGCUCUACUUGAUAUAUUUGGUGGGAUUUGCUGGCUGGUGCAUAACGGGCCGCGCAAGCUGUGCGGAUCCUGGUCCUCCAGAAGACGAAGCCCAGGACUUUAACAAUCUGGUCGGCUUUUCUUUCCAGAUGUUCCGCGCUGUCCUCGUGAUAUUCCAGCUUUUCUUCUUAUACGAGGAGUGGAAGCAACUCGCCUACGAGGUUCGAAGAGCGGAAGCAAAGAGCGUGGUGGAGAAGAUGCGGGCAGUGCUGAGCUAUUUUACAACUUGGAAUAACUUGGACAUUGUGCGAAUCGCCUUGGUCAGCACGGCUGUGGUUUGGAGCGUCCUAGACCGAGCAGGUGCUUUUCUGGGCGACGGCAAGGACCUCUUGGCUGUAACGACCGUCUUCGUUUGCUCGAGGUUGAUCAGCUUCCUGCGGGCAUUUCCCAACACAGGCCACCUCGUCAGGACCCUGAUCACCAUUUUUUGGGACAUGGCCGUUUUCUUCCGCCUCAUGCUGCUGAUGUUGCUGACAUUUGUCUUCGCUUUCCUGCUGCUUUACGACCAGCCUUUCUCUGUGGUGGGAAUAGGUGAAAUGAUGUGGUAUGUCUAUGUUCACGGUGUCUUUGGUGACGCCGACGAUCCGCCGGGUGGUGGCGAUGACUCGGCAUGGGUGGCGCGACUGAUGCUGAUGAGCUGCGUCGUGGUUAUGCUGGUUGUGAUGAUGAACUUUCUUAUUGCCAUCAUGGGAGACAGCUACGACAAGGUCCAGGAGCGUGCUGAGGAAGCACGCAAUGUGAUGAGACUUGAGCUGGUCUACGAGGCAGAAGUCGCCAAUGUCAUCCCCAAGAGACACCAGCAAGAAAAGGCCUACGUUUUCACGUGUGAAGGCGUCCGCUAUGCUGGGGGUGGACUACAAGCAAGCCAGCAGGAAGCAAGCCGCUGGGAGGGUCGAGUACGCCAAGUGGAGAAGGCCGUGCGGCGUGAGACGCGACAGACAUGGAUCACCUUGACCGAGCAGUCUGGUCAAUUGGCAGCCAUCGAAGACCGCAUUUAUGCGCUCGAGUCGCACGUUAAUCAAGGUCAUGCUCGCCUUCAAGAAACCUUAGAGAGGCUCCUGGACACGUUGAAGAACGACGUGCUUCUGCAGAAGAUCGAUCUCAAAAGGUUCCCGCCUUGUUGCAGAGUGCUGUGUUGUAUUCUCCACGUCCUCCCGGAAAGGGAGACGAACCCAGUGGCUGAUGUGCGACUGCUUAGAUGUGGUGUCGUGGAGCAGCUCGUCGUUUCACCCAGCAAGCCAGCCGUCGAGGACUUGGCCCUGCCAAUGCUUUGUUUCGGCAAGAUUCAAGACUGCGGGCAAAGUCGUAGGCAUGAGCAGUUUUUCCUCGUAGCUGCUCCUGUUUCAUGUGGUUUCUGGGAGCAAACGGCAGAGACUUUCUGGAGCGGACCGGCCAGAGCUCGAGAGGAGAACGCGCCAAGGCCACCGCCGCCUGGAGCGAUUCCCAUGGCUUGGGCAGCAGAGGAGGAGCCGGGACCUCCCCCCCCGCCCGCGCCGCCUGCGCCUGUUGUGGGGAGCACUGCUGGCAUCAAUGGCCUGGCACAGACUUUGCCGGAUCCCAAGGAGAUAGCCGGUCGCAGCCAGCUGGAGCCCUGGAAGCAGGAUGCAGAGUACGGCCGCGCACUGGAUGCGUUGGUGAAAGCAGUGUCGGACAUUCUCGUCACGUCACCGGACGGUUCUCAUGUUUUCCUGGGCAAGCGCAAGGUGCAUCCACAGCCGGACUGGUGGUUCAUUGGUGGCCGUGCCAAGCCAGGGGAGACGCCGCAGCAGGCAGCUUCACGGAAUCUCCGGCGAGAGUUGGGUUUGGAAGUUCCUUCACCGCGCCUGAAGGUCAUCGGCUGCUACAGCCUGACAUGGGCCACGCGAGCUCAGGCUCCUGCAGACCACGGCACAGCUGACAUCUCGACCGUGCACAGCAUGGUCUUGCAUCCGGAGGAGGAGAGACAGCUGAAGAUUGAUGAGGAGGAAUAUGCAGACCUUGGGUGGCACACCAAGCAGGAGGUAUUGACUGGUGAAUUCCACCCUGUGCUCAAGCAGGCACGUUUGCUCGUGCGGAUUGGACAGGAGUCUUGUGCAGUCGUUCUUGUUUUGAUGAGCUCUUGCAGACACCAAGGCAACGGAUUCAGGAAGUCGUGCCUAGCAGUGCCUGCGUCAUCUGGAACACUUCAAACUUCAGUCUUUAUGAACCUGAAGGUACAUGGAUGUUGCUGGUCUUCCGCCUGUGUUGUCGGCUGUUGGUUGCAGGUUGGCGUCACCAACAACGUUGACAACAAGCUACUUGUAAACGCGACGCCCCUUCAACAUCAAUCCUCAAUGUUCAGAUUUCGCUAG